AUGCGAACUAUUGCCCAGGCCUACACUGCACUUCUCAAAGAAUCUUCUUUAGAGAAUAAACACGUCUUACAAGCACUACAGAUCACAGCCGAAACAAAUGAUCAUCAUGCCAUUGAAAUUGCUGAUUCCAUCCAACAAGAGGCCAAAACAGCCGAAUCACCACGAAAAGAGUCUUUAGAAGCCCUCCUUAAAGCUCUAUCACAACACCAUGCGUAUUCCUUCCUUGCCAAGAAGUCUCGCAAACGAUCAGCUCCAGAACCAGAACCUAUUAAGCAAGCCAAGAUAGAUCCAGUUAUUAGUAAGUCUCCUAGUCCUCCUAGUCCUUCUUUAGUGACUCCUUUAAGUCCUCCAGCGGCUAAACCUGUUUCAUCUAAUCUUCCUUCUUUUGGAUCUUUAUUACUACCUUAUCCACCUGAAUUCUUCUUAUUUAAGCUAGUUGAUAAGAAAACCUACUUAGAAUCUUAUCAAUACUAUACAGCUUCUAAAGAAGAAGAUUCUCAUCAUGAUCAACUACCUACCUUAGAAAGAAGUUAUUUAAACGUGCCUAGAUUAGCUUUAGCUCAAAAGUUCUUGUAUUCAACUAUUGCCCAGUGUAAAGUCUGUGGGAUGCGCUUUGAUUCAUUAGAGCCAUAUACGGCCCAUGCUGAUGCCCAUCAAAGAAAGUCACAAAUAGAUAAGAGUCUUUCAGGCGGUGCUAUUUGGCGGCCUUGGUUAUUAGAGAUUAAUCAGUGGGCAGGUGAGAAGCCACAACAUUUCCCUAAGGUUUCUUUGAAAGAGUCACAUCAGGACCAAGUUGAUAAUGUUCCCGUUAAAGGUGAUCGUGACCAAAUCUGUACUAUUUGCAAGGAUCCACUUGAGGUUAUUUGGAGUGAUAAUGACGAGUGUUGGGCCUUUAAAGAUGCCAUUCUAGUUAGUUCUCAGCCUACUCGCCAAAUCUGCCAUCGUAAAUGUGUGUCUUAG